AAAAAAAAAAGAUAUACAGAUUUACGUACGACAUUAUAAGAUGAGCAGUUCAUCACAAAAACAUCAAUAUUCAGUAGAGGUAGCUGGAGCACCAGAUAUUCCUGGAGAAGGAAAACCUCGUCGAAAUGCACUUUCUCCUGAUAAAUUAAUUUUUCAUCCUGAUGGAGUUACUACUUUAUAUGAAAAUUUUAUGUUUGGUGUUAAAAAAGCAGGUGAUGGAAACUUUUUGGGUCAUCGAGAAAUUAAAGAUGGAGUUGCGGGUCCCUAUAUAUGGGAAUCUUAUAAUACGGUUCAAGCCCGGGUUGCUAAUAUUGGUUCCGGAUUAAGAAAAUUGGGAUUAAAUCCUAAAGAACCCUUAGGAUUUUUCUCAAUUAAUACUCCUGAAUAUGUAAUUGCUCUACUUGCCUGUUAUCAAUAUAAUUUCAUCCCUGUUCCAUUAUAUGAUACAUUAGGUACUGACGCUAUUGAAUAUAUUAUAAACCAAACUGAGAUGAAAUAUUGUUUUACCACUUCUAACAAAGGUCGAGCUCUUCUUGAAAUGAAAGGAUCAUUACCAUCUCUUCAAACUAUUAUUAUUUCUGAUAAUUGUGAUCCAGGAUCAGAAAAUCUUGCAAAUGUUAGAAUUUCAAAUUUUUCCGAUAUUGAAAAAGAUGGAUCAGUUCAACCUGUUGAAGCAGAAAAUCCUAAACCUGAUGAUAUUGCUUCUAUUUGUUAUACUUCCGGUACAACUGGUACACCUAAAGGUGUUGUCUUGACUCAUAAUAAUUUUAUGGCAGUAGUUGGCGGUAUCCAGUGGCUUGCAAAUGAAGGAAAGAUGUUUAAUGGAACGCCUAAUGAUGUACACAUUUCUUAUCUACCUUUAGCUCAUGUGUUUGAACUAGCAAAUAUGGCUUAUAUGACUUAUGGAGGUGUUUCGAUUGGAUUUUAUCAAGGUGAUACCUUGAAAUUAUUAGAUGAUAUUGCUGAAUUGAAACCUACCGUAUUUAUUUCUGUACCACGUUUACUUAAUCGUGUUUAUGAUAAAGUAAUGGCUGGAGUUAAAGUGAAAGGUGGUAUUGCGCAAUGGAUGUUUAAUGCAGCUUUUAAUUCAAAGAAAGAUGGCUUAAGUCAUGGAAGUGUUGAUCAUUGGGGGUGGGAUAAAGUAGUUUUUGCUCCAAUUAGAGCUCGACUUGGAGGUAGAGUUAAAUAUAUGUUAUCUGCUUCUGCUCCAAUUGCACCGGAUGUUAUGGAUUUUUUGAGAAUCGCUUUUUCAGCUAAUGUAUUUGAAGGAUAUGGUCAAACAGAAAAUGCUGGCGGUUUAACUAUAUCCUUGGUUGGUGAUACUGAAUCCGGUCAUGUUGGACCACCACAAGUUAGUUGUGAGGUUAAAUUGGUUGAUGUACCAGAAAUGAAUUAUACAUCUCAGGAUAAACCUUAUCCUCGAGGUGAAGUUUGUGUUCGAGGUCCUGUAGUCUUUCGAGAAUAUUAUAAACUUCCUGAUAAAACUGCAGAAACCAUUGAUAAAGAUGGAUGGUGUCAUACUGGUGAUAUUGGACUUUGGGAUGAUCAAGGUCGUUUAGUUAUUAUUGAUCGACUUAAAAAUAUCUUUAAAUUGGCUCAGGGAGAAUAUAUAGCUCCUGAAAAGAUUGAAAGCAUAUAUUGUAAACAUGAACUUGUCCUUCAAGCAUUUGUUCACGGUGAAUCUUUACAAGCUUCAUUAGUAGGUAUUAUCGUUCCUGAUGAAGAGAUUCUUAUGAAAUGGACAGGACAAAAUGGUCUUGAAGGCAAAACUUUUGAAGAAGUUUGUAAAAAUGCAGACGUUAAAAAUCAUAUUCUUCAAACUCUUAUUAAAUUUGGUAAAACAAAUGAUUUAAAAGGGUUUGAAUGUGUAAAAAACAUUUAUUUGACGCAUGAACAAUUUUCUACAGAAAAUGAUUUGCUUACUCCAACUUUUAAAUUGAAAAGACAUCAAGCAAAAAUUAGAUUUCAAAAAGAAAUCCAAGCAAUGUAUGCUGAAAUUUCUCAAUGAGAAUAAGGAAGAAUAUAUUUGAUGUAAUAAAAAAUUUCAUGCAUGUUAGUUAUUAUUCAAUAUAUUUUGUAAUUUAUUUUCAAUAUUCACAAUUUAAAUAAAUAAUAUUUCUGUAC